AUGAGUGAGAUCCACGGGUCCAAGGUUGAUCCUAGUGAUAUCGCCGCCCCGAGAACUCGCACCGAGGGUAUACUAGACCCCGUACGCCAAUUUGGUGGAGUCGCAGCAAGGCUCUACGCCGAACACCGGCCUGCCUUUGACGGGCUUUAUGCAAAAUGGGCUGACGAGACCGAGGAGCGGAAGAUUACGUUGUUCGAAGCGACCGAGAUGGCCUUCGGAAUAGGAUGUAACCAGGAUCCGAACUACAACGCGAUGCUUUACGCUGUGCACACUGCUCUCAUGGGCGAUGGUUUGCACUUCAUGGGGGAUAGGGGCAUGCACAGAGCCACGAACAUCUUCAGGGUUCGGAGCAAGAAGGAUAUUAGAAUGAUCGACUCUGUGACAGAGUUGAUCAGGAAAACUGCUGACAAGCAACAAUCCACCGACAAGUCUGGACGAAUGACUGCGGAGGAUACCGGACGGAAAGUCAUGGCAAAGUUCAUUGAGAAGGCGAAUUACCUGAUUGACCUGAGCAGGGAGUAUGAGAAAGAAGUUCUGGUCGGCAGGAAAAAUGGUGCGCCGUUGGUUGAAACGGUAGAGAUUGAAGAACUCAAAUGGGAAGAGAACGACAAGUUUUUCAUCGAGUAUGUGAAGGCCAGGGUUCUCAAAUACGGCCUGCAAAAGACCCCUAUUGAUGGACUCGCCCCAGUGAUCUUGAGAGCUACGAAUAAAUAUGGGGACGUUCUAGAUGCGCUCACGGCGGACAAAUUUUUGAGGGAGAUUGGUGCCUGGAGUAAGUGGGAGAACACCAGUCUGCAUCAAUCUGGUUUGGAUCUUCCGGGAUUGGGUAGGUCCGAACUCGGAGACCAGGAAGAGGAUAGGCUCCGGCUUUUGAAUCAGGAAGGCGCAAUUGAGAAGCUAGGGUUAACAGAUGUCAUGCACAACGUUCGGAAAGACUGGGGUGACAUGCAAGUCUUCACCAUCGAUGACCCUGACGCCUACGAGAUCGAUGAUGGCGUGUCCUUGGAGAGGGUAUCUGAUACUGAGAAUUGGGUACACGUUCACAUCGCAAACCCCACAGCCUUCAUACCAGAAGACCACUGGAUCGCUGAGAUUGCAAAGCGGAGAGCCACAGCGCAUUACCUCCCGGAUAAAUUCUACAGCAUGCUUCCCGAAGGGAUCACCGGUACAUUCUUAGGCGUAGCGCCAAACAAACCAGUAAUGUCCAUAAGCACAAAGGUCAAUGACAAAGGCGAGAUCCUCGACCACAAGAUCCAAGCGGGCUUCGUCCGGAACGUGCGAAGGACAACCUACGACGCGGUAGACCACGCCCUGGGCAGCUACCAAACUGUCAAUUUCAUAGCGGAUCUAAGGAUCGGCAAGUUCCCAAGUCGCCUAAGAGCCACGUCAAAGGCAGACAAGUUUACUCCCAAGCAGCUAAGCGAUUUACAGAAGCUCCGGGACAUAGCCCUUACCGUGCGCCGUCGCAGAGCUAGAGACGGAUUAAUCACACUUGCGUCUGCGAAUCUUCAAGUUGAGGUGUACAACGGCCUCGGGUCACGAAACCACCCUUACAACUCUAGCUACCCCGUUCUCUACCGCGGCCAUCCAGCGGUGCACCUAACAGUGGCCGACUCGGCGGCCGUCGAGCUUCGAGACUCCCAAUUGAUGGUGUCAGAGAUGAUGUCGCUAGCAAAUAACGUCGCAUCCAUCUGGUCUCGCGAGCGUAGGCUCGCUAUGCCAUAUCGCGUAAUGGAGUACGACUACGGGCGCCCAGAUGUCGUCAAAACCAUCGAAGAAACCGUGCUGCCACGACGCACAGACCUUGGCUGCCCACCCUUCGAUUCGACAAUCCGCUGGUUAAUGCUCCUGGGACAAACUCGCCUCCAAGCCAGUCCGGGACCGCACAUGCUCAUGGGCUUGCCGACAGGGUACGCGAAGGCCACCAGCCCACUGCGUCGGUAUGCGGACAUGCUCGCGCAAUACCAGAUUCAGUCCGUUCUGCUAAACCGGUCACCCAAGACGGCCGCGCAGCUGGAACCAAUAAUAGCCUCCGUCCAGCGGACGGAACAGACAGCGAAGCAUAUAUCGAAGGAGGCCAACCGUCUCUGGUCCGCCGUUGCCAUAAAGCGCGCUUGGGAGACAGGGUUGGAGAAGUACACAUUCCCGGAGAAGCUCACUUUCCUUGUCAUGGAGAAGCACUCCUCUCCCACACCAUGCAAUGGCAUUGUCCGCGAGUUGGGACUCGCGGCCAAGAUGUGCUUUGCAGAUAGGCGCGAUGAGGCCAAGGUCCAGGUUGGCAACGUUGUGAGCGUCAAGAUUCACAAUGUUAGUCUCUCUGAGCGCUAUGUCUGGUUUGAGUUUACGGGGGUGGUGGGAGCCUCCGUGCUUGGAGUUUAGGAAAGGUUAUAUGUUAUUCCACAUGUCUUCGGCGUUUUUGUUAUACGAAAAAGUUCCUUGCUUUUUUUUUUUUUUUUUUUGCUGGUUUGGUUUGGUAAGAUUGACUGAUUUACACGUAUAAAGAUGGAUGGAUAUCAAGAGUUGUGGAGAAAGGUGGGAGGUGUAGUGGUUUCUCCAAAAAGUACAGUAAAUAGAGUGCUAAUCGAUCGAUUGUAUUGUAUUAUAUUGUGGUUCAAUAUGUUUCUUCCUUAC